AUGUCAUCUCACCUGUAAAGGUAAAUGGCACGAGCAUGCCAUCGUGCUUGCGGAUCUCUUAAACAUAAAAAUGCGGAAGCUCGUACUCCUUUCGAUUGCUCUCAGUUUUAAUUUCUCGCAUUAGUUAGAGCUGGUCCUCGGCUAUGUGAGGGUAAAAGACGAGACUCCGACGACACUAGCCUGCUUAACUGAUCUGCUUUGGGAACUUUGAUGAGGAUGUUCUUCACUGAUCGAGAGGAAGAUGUGGCUCUGUAUGAGCUGGACAAUGGAAAUGAGCCUUUACUUCCAUCACAGCGUAACUUGUACCUCCCUCGAUUAUAUGACUAUGUCCUGGUGGCUGAUAAAGUGGAGGACAUGGAGGACCAAAUCUUCAAGAAGCAGGAUGCCUUUAUCUGCGAACUGAAACAGAAGAACAUUAAAGUCAAUAGAAUUGAACAUGAUGAAAAGGUGUUCUUCGGUAUCUGUGCACCUGAGGAGAUUUUUACAAGGUACAAGUACUUACUAAAGGUGUCUGAUGCCUGUAACUGGAGUGCAGAGCAAAAGUGUGACUUGUCUGUCUCAAUGUGCACCAGAAUCAGGAUUGUCCACUUUGUCUUGAACAAUACCUUUAUAGGAUCAGGAGAGGGCCUUAGAGACCUGUUGUGUCAAGGUGCUUUUGAGUCCAUCUUCUGUCUGCAUGAGAAAAAAGAGCAGAAAAAACUAAAGAAGAAGUGGGCAAGCUGGUUGGCAGUAAUGAAGCUUUUUCAACAGCCUGUCACUGAUAUCAAGGACUAUUUCGGGGAGAAAGUGGCACUGUAUUACCUGUGGCUGGGCUGGUACACACGCAUGCUCAUCCCUGCAGCUGUUAUUGGUAUUGUUGUGUUCUUGUACGGCCUUGCCUUCUUCAAUACAAGUCCGCUCAUUCAUGAAGUCUGUGACUCCAACAUCAUCAUGUGUCCAAGAUGUGACACAAGAUGCAGCGUGUGGAACCUGUCUGACACCUGUACAUAUGCCAAGGUGAGCCAACUAUUCGACAAUGAAGGAACGGUGGCUUUUGCCAUGUUCAUGGCAAUUUGGGCAACCCUGUUCUUGGAGCUGUGGAAGAGACAUCGAGCUCUGCAUGUGUCAAAGUGGAAAGUGUUUGACUGGUGCGAGGAGGAGGAAGAAUUGAUUUUGGAGAUCGUAAAUAACCCCAAGUGUAAGCCAAAAGAGUUCAGACAUUCCUACCUGCGCAGCAUCGUGGUGCUCCUUUUGGUCACAUUAGUGCUGGUGGUGAUCAUAGGUCUGACCCAUGCUCUGGUCAUCUGCCGUGUUUUAACUGCAACAUUGUUGUCCCAAAGCAAGUGGGAAUUUCUGCGUGAAAAUUCCAGCACAGUAGCCAUGUUAUCUGGAGCAGUGCUGCACUACAUUACUAUUCAGGUCAUGACUCGGGUCAACAAAAUUGUGGCCUUCAAACUGUGUGAGUUUGAAAAGCCCCGCUCUUUUGCAGCCACAGAGAAGCACUUCACCGUGAAGAUGUUCACAUUUCAAUUCUUUACUCUCUUCUCAUCUCUAUUUUAUGUGGCAUUCUUUCUAGGAAGGAUCAAUGGCUAUCCGGGAAAUUAUGUUCGAAUUGCGGGGCAAUGGAGACUAGAAGAGUGUCAUCCAAGUGGCUGCCUUACAGAUCUCUUCAUCCAGAUGGCUGUUAUUCUGUUGCUCAAACAAACAAUCAACAACAUAUUUGAGUUCACAGUGCCCUGGUUAAAGCUGUGUUUUAAGCGGACGAAAGCCAAGACGAUGCGCAGAAAGUGUGGUAACUGUUACCGGAAGGCAUGUCGAGAGGAGGAGGGCAACUUCGACCCAUGUGACCUUUGCAAGCUUCGUAACUGGAUGGAAAACUACGACCUGAAUGAUGUUAAUGCAUUCAGCUUGUUUAAUGAGUUUUUGGAAAUGGUUCUUCAGUUCAGUUUCACCACCAUCUUUGUGGCUGCUUUCCCUCUGGCUCCCUUAUUGGCCCUUAUCAAUAACAUAUUUGAGAUCAGACUGGAUGCCAUCAAGAUGGUCAGCCUUGAGCGCCGCCUAGUGCCCAAAAAGACAAAUGACAUCGGUGUGUGGACUAGAAUAUUAGAAGCUGUUGGGGUGAUGGCUGUCAUUGCUAAUGGUCUAGUGAUUGGGAUUUCCUCUGACUUCAUACCCCGUCUGGUGUAUCGUUACCACUAUGGACCUUGUGCUACCAGCAAUAGUACAAGCCUGGACUGUAUGACAGGAUAUAUCAACAACACUCUGGCAACAGCAUUCAUGUCCAAUGUGCACGUCAAAAAAGACUUCAAGGACUUGUUGGACAAAGAAUAUAAUAUUACGCAGUGCAGUUACAAAGACUACCGCAGCGAUGAAGACCAGAGUCUCACCUCUCAGUUUUGGCUCAUUCUGGCACUACGCUUUGCCUUUGUUAUUCUGUUCGAGCAUGUAGUGGUGAUGUGCAAGUUUAUUGCAGCCUGGUUUAUACCUGACAAUCCCAUCAGAGUGAAAAAUGACAGGCUAGACGACAAACUGAGAAGACUGAAAAAGGAACUUGAGGACGCAACUGAAAUAUAUAACAGCAGAUCCACUGAGGUGUGAACGUUGAAGGUUCAAACCAGAUUCUUUUAUAUCAGAGAUUUGAAAACCUGAAUAAGACUUUACACAAGGAAGAUUUCUGUAUUUGAGAUCAUUAUCUCACUUGUAUCCAUACGUGAGACGUAUCUCUUCAUUAUUUUUAGAGCCAUUACUGGAGCUUUGCUCUCUUUGCAGUUUACAGUUUUCCCUCAGGAUGAGUCACAUUUGCUCUGCUUCAGAGGGAUACAGCAUACAUUUUUGGUUGUAUCAUAAAUUAAUUGUUUCUGAGCAAGGAAAGACAAUGAACCUUUUUAAAAAAAGAACUGUGAAAAUGUAAAAUCAGUAAUUUUUAUUAUAUUUAGUAUGAAACCAGCCUAAAAGUAUCCAUUAAUUUUAUUUUAUGAUGAUUUAUGUUUACUAGAAGAAUAUGUUAACAGGAUAUAUUUAUAUAUUUUGGUGUUUACUUUUAAAAAGCAAGAAAGCUUCAAACAGUCUUUGGCUUCACUGACGUUUUAUGUAAAUCCAAAGACCUGAAUGAGGCAUAAAGGAAUUUAUGCUAGUGUGUGAUAUGCUUUUUACAAUGCUGUCCAUGGCUUUUCUAAAUAACUGUCUUUCUCAUUAAAUACAAAUAUAUAUUGAUAUUGUAUUAUUGAUGUAUUCAUUAAUUAUGUUCCAGAAAUGAAGUAAUGGGGUGAAAUAAAUGUUGAAUUUGAAAUAAAACUGACAAAACAUUUCCUCCA